CCGGCCAAUCAGCGCCCGCAGCGCGCAGGCUCGCGAUUCAAACUGCGGCGCCGCCGGCUCUCGGCGAUCGGCGCCGGCGCGGCCGCAGCCGCCCCGGCGAGCGGGCCAUGGAGCACCGCAUCGUGGGGCCCGGGCCGUACCGGGCCACCAAGCUGUGGAAUGAAACAGUUGAGCUUUUUCGCGCUAGGAUGCCAUUGCGGAAACAUCGCUGUCGUUUCAAAAGUUAUGAACGUUGCUUCACGGCGGCCGAAGCUGUGGACUGGCUACAUGAGCUGCUGAGGUGCAGUCAGAACUUUGGCCCUGAAGUGACUCGCAAACAAACGGUCCAGCUGCUAAAAAAAUUCCUGAAGAAUCAUGUUAUUGAAGACAUCAAGGGAAAAUGGGGUCAGGAGGAUUUUGAUGACAACCGUCACUUGUAUAGGUUUCCUCCUUCCUCACCCCUGAAACCAUAUCCAAAGAAGCCCCCGUACCAAAAGGAUGUUAUUAAAUUUCCAGAAUGGAAUGACCUGCCACCAGGCACUUCACAAGAGAACAUCCCAGUGAGGCCGGUUGUGAUGAAUUCUGAGAUGUGGUACAAGCGUCACAGCAUUGCUAUUGGGGAGGUUCCCGCGUGCCGUCUCGUCUACCGCAGACAGCUGACAGAGGCCCACGUCGAAGAGAUAUGGAAGUCCAUGACAUUAGCGUAUUUACAGAAAAUCCUUGGCUUGGAUUCCCUAGAAGAAAUUUUAGACAUUAAGUUAGUCAACUCCAAGUUCAUCAUCCACAAUGUAUACAGUGUGAGCAAGCAGGGCUUCGUUAUCCUUGAUGACAAGUCAAAAGAGCUUCCUCAUUGGGUAAUGUCAGCUAUGACGUGUUUGGCAAAUUGGCCUAAUUGUUCAGAUUUGAAGCAGCCUAUGUACUUAGGAUUUGAAAAAGAUGUCUUUAAAACUAUAGCAGAUUACUAUGGUCACUUGAAAGAGCCUUUGCUUACAUUUCAUCUUUUUGAUGCCUUUGUCAGUGUAUUAGGUUUGUUACAGAAAGAGAAAAUGGCCAUUGAAGCAUUUCAGAUUUGCUGCCUCCUCCUGCCACCUGAAAAUAGGAGAAAGUUACAGCUGUUGAUGAGGAUGAUGGCAAGGAUCUGCUUAAAUAAGGAGAUGCCGCCACUGUUUGAUGGCUUUGGCACCCGAACACUGAUGGUUCAGACAUUUUCCCGUUGCAUCUUGUGUUCCAAGGAUGAAGUGGACUUGGAUGAGUUAUUAGCUGCUAGGCUGGUGACGUUUCUGAUGGACAAUUACCAAGAGAUUCUGAAAGUCCCCAUGGCCUUGCAGACCUCCAUAGAGGAGCGUGUGGCUCAUCUACGAAGAGUCCAGAUAAAAUAUCCGGGAGCCGAUAUGGAUAUCACUUUAUCUGCCCCAUCGUUUUGCCGUCAAAUCAGUCCAGAGGAAUUUGAAUACCAAAGAGCAUAUGGCUCCCAGGAACCCCUAGCAGCCUUGUUAGAGGAAGUCAUAACGGAUACGAAACUCUCCAACAAAGAGAAGAAGAAAAAACUGAAGCAGUUUCAAAAAUCCUACCCUGAAGUCUACCAAGAACGAUUUCCUACACCAGAAAGUGAAGCACUUCUGUUUCCUGAAAAACCUAAACCGAAACCACAGCUACUAAUGUGGGCACUGAAAAACCCUUUCCAACCAUUUCAAAGAACGAGAAGUUUUCGGAUGUAGUACUUCUGUAGUUGUUAGAGGUCUCUGCUGUUGUUUUGAGUAAAUGGGUGGUAAGAGAAGGACUGUGGUGGUGGGAGAAAGAACAGAAAAUGUAGACUACUGAAAUAUGAGGAUUAUCUGACUUCACAAAAUGUUGAGCCAUUAUCAGUAUUUUUAUAAAACUCAAUGCUAUUUUUAAAGUGUACAAAUCAGUUAAAAAUUAUGAGACAAAUAUAUAGUGGUAAUGUUAACAUGUUUGUAAUUGUUACAAAAUUUAAGGAUAUUUUCAUUUUUUAUUUGUUGUUUUUCAUGAUGUUUAUAAAAUAAUUGGGUAUACAUCCUAGUUACUGAUGUCUUUGUUAUAACCAAGUCUUAAAAAUAGUGUAUAUACUUGAAUAAGAAAGACACUGGGUACUGUUACUGUGAUGCUAUUGACUUAAUAGCCAAUUGUGAUUUCUCCUGUGUAAAUUCUGUGUUUUUCAUUGUUGCACAAAGAUUCUUAAUGUCCUAUAUUAUGAUGGCUGUGUCUUUAUUACAGAUUUGUUGGAUGCUAUGACAGAUUUUACUAAAGCUGGUUCUUUUAUAACAUGUAUAUUCAUUGGUGUUACCUGUAAGUGGAGUAGGUUUUCGUCUGCCUGCUAUGGUAUGAUUUCAGUCUUGGCUAGAGGUGGAAAAUUGAACUGGAUAAAUUCUUUGCAUCUCUUAUACCAUUUCUAGGUCAAAUCUUUGUUGUUUCGUGGAGAACACAAGUGGGUUAAGUAAAAUGAGACUACUUCCUUUAUAAAUAUAUUUUCCACAGCUUCCUCAUCCUUUUGAAAGUAAGUGGAAUGUAAAUAAAUACUGUUUUUUAUACUGUAAA